AUGAGGUCAACCUUUGCCUCGACAGUCUUCUUUUCGACGCUGCUGUGGACAAGUCAGUGUACUACAGCAAGAAGACAAGAUACUGACAUAGAAAGCGACAGCGUGGAGAGACAGAGACAUUAUUCACAUCCGAGUAAUGAUGUCGGAGAAGAAGAUGAAACCUAUCCAAUCAAAACGAAAAAGACAGUGGCUAGAUUACGAAAGCCCAAGACAGUAAAGACCAACGUUACAAAACCAGAGAAAGUACUGACUUCAAAAGAUCACCGCUAUUCACCAGCUCGAGCAAUACGAGAUGUAGGAAGCAUAAUACAUGUCCCACCAACAACUAGAGCCAAUCGUUUUCCUUCUGUGGAACAACGUAUCAAGUUAUACAUGAGCAAUUGGUAUAGUCCACCUUGCGAUGAUGCAAGAGAUCAAUUUGUGCGCUAUGAAUAUAACAGUGAGUCUGAUGGCAGCGAGUGGAAAACCUUGCACUUGGAAGCCAUGUCACAUGAAGGGCUUGUCAAUGGAACCCUGACUGAACUUCAUAUCAAAAGCAUCGUGGAGCCGGAUACUUUGUUCUAUAUGGACAAGGAGACGAUGCAAUUCUGUGCUCGAGACGAAAUUGGUGACCCUGAAAUUGAGGUCAUGUUAUCCCCCAGAGAUCAAGUGUUGAGUGAACGCGUAAUGGCAUCCACAAUGCAAAUGUAUUGCUAUGAUAUUAAAAAGCUCAUGCUACCGGCACUGCUACACGUCGACUGGGAAAGGGAGGGCACAGACAAAGAAGCUCCUCCGACACUUUUGCAGUUUGGAGAUAAUAAGAACUCUCAUGGUCACGGUACCAUUGCAUUUCCUCAUUUGAAGAAGUUUCGCUCUGCAGUUGCAUCGCAAAAAGAUUUGGAUCGAGUGACUUCGGUUGAAUGCCAUAACAAGCCGAGAGAAAUGUUAAACGCAGUUCAUGGGAAUCAAGUCUUUCAGCCCAUUGUAUGGAAGUUAGCAACACAUCGCCACUUUGGGUAUCUGUCGAGAAUACAGCAUUGGGAUACCCCAUGGAGUGAAAAGAUGGAUAAGGCGAUCUUUCGAGGUCAACUUACAGGCGCAAAGGACAAUUAUCUUCGACACGAGUCCGACUUUUACAAUUGUAUGCACAUGAACCGAUGCAAACUUGUUUAUGAACACGCGAACUCAACCCUUUUAGAUGCCAAGUUGACAUCCACAAGAAGGAGAUUGCCCGAUGUCUUGAAUGGAGUCGAAUUGGUAACCGUAAAGUCCUACCCAGACGCAUUGCUCAAGUACAAGGGAUUAGUGAUGAUUGAAGGGAAUGAUGUUGCAUCAGGACUCAAGUGGGCGCUCUUGUCUCAGUCGGUAGUCCUUAUGCCUGUGCCGAAACACACUUCAUGGGCAAUGGAGGAAUUGCUUGAACCAUGGGUGCACUAUGUACCCUUGGAUGACGAUGCUUCCAAUGUGGAAGAAUUGAUGCAAUGGGUAAUUGAUCACGAUGCGGAAGCUCAAAAAAUCGCAGAGCGGGCAACUUUGUGGAUGGAGGAUUUGGUCUUUCAUCCAGAUGCCGCAGAAGAUGAUCGAUUGAUCCAGGAAGAAAUUAUGCGGCGUUAUCAAGCACACUUUGCUCCUAUUUGA